UGACUGCAAAGGUACCCGGCUGUACAGCCGAAGGGCAAACAUUGUAGUUUCACUUACAACUGCUAGAUUGAAACCAUCGCACAACCAAAGCGAUCGUAUACAAGAGAAACAAGCUAAAAACGUCGAACUAAGCUUGCAGGGAAAUGGCAUGUUGUCAGUAAACAAAAAACCUCCCAAAAUCGUGCUGUCUGUGCAAACAGGAGAAACCCAACACGCUCUCGGCACACUGACGUGAAAACAUCUAGCCUGUUUUUCUGUUGGUGUUUCAAACACCUCUGUGCUAAGAAGAAGUGGGAUGGCAGGAAAGGAGAGUGAGGAAUUAGCUGGGAUGUUCAGGGAGGAUGAUGAUCAAGACCAGGGUUCACCUGACGCCAAAGAGCCUGAAAACGGACAAAUAGAGGUGGACGGUCCUGCCAAAAAUAAGAGAUUUGGAGUCAUGGAGUCAUUCAGAAGGAGCUUGAGACUGCCUAGAGACUACCUGACCUUGCAGAAAAAGGGAUCAAAAGGCAAAGCAGGGACAGAGAAUCAAGGCAAUGACCUGUGUGAUGCCAUUGAUGCUAAGACCUCACCAAGUUUGAGUAUGGAGCCCUCCUCCAAGAAUGAUACAACUGACCCUGCCCAAAGUCCCCAGAGCCCCCGAAGUCCCCAGAGCCCCCGAAGUCCCCAGAGCCCCCGAAGUCCAAAGUCUCAGCCCAAGCACUACAGAACUCAGUCAGACUCUAACUUAGGACUGAAGAUAAAGGAAUCUUUCAAACACAGGUUAUCGGUAAGAAAGCCUCUUGUGAGUAUGAAGGUGAAGACCCCUCAACAGGAGCCCUCACAAGCCACAGAGUAUGUGGCAGAGGCAAAGAUACCAGAGGUCAUCGAACGCCCAGAGGUCAGAGAUUCAUACAUUCUGCCUGAGAUCCCUGCCAUACCUCUGUCAGUAAUGCAGAUUAACAAGCUAAUUGAAAUGGAGGUUUUGGAGGAGGCGUAUGUGAACCUGCUGUCUCUACGAGUGGAGUUCAGUUGUGACAUGGAGGCUGUGGGUGGGGAUGCUUCACACAAGGAGCUCAACCAUAAAAAAAAGGACCUUGACCUGCUAUAUGUGGCCCUGAGGAACAAAGUUGUUGAAAUUGUUCGACAGUCUAAUGCCUUUCCAUCCCGAAACAAAGAACUGCUGGUAUUUGUGGCUCGCAUCAUCCAGGAAGAAGAGAGGAGGGAGGGAGAACCAGGAGGAAUGAGUAGAUGGAGGGAAGCUUGGAAGAUGGCUGUCCAUGACGGACUGAAGGAUUCAGUUGACAGUGUUCAUUUAGAGGGGCGAGAGCAGAAUGCUUCUUGGUUGGCAGUUCACUUGGGGCUCCUUGGUAAAGCUAUCGUCAGGGACUUGGAGAAGGUUAAGGGAGAGCUCCAAGGUUCAUACCCACCCAGUUUUAAUGUGUUUGAGACCUAUGUGAUGUGCUGCCAUGAUGUUAUUGGACAGCAUUUAAAGAAGAUUCUGGAAGAUGUGAAGGAACUUCGCGAAUAUUACCAUUUGUUGGAGUUUAUUAUACAUCAGUAUAAGAGUGAAAGAAUCAUGGGAAGCUUUUCACUGCGACCAGAGAUGAAAGAAGAGCUGAGAACCUUGCCACUGGAGGAUGGCUUCUUGGAACGACUUGAGGACAAUUACUGUGGCCGUCUGAGGGAGGAUGUGGCAUCAUUCCUGACCGGAGUAAUAAAGCUGGAAUAUGAUGACAUGUGGAAAGAGGGGAAAAGGCCAGAGAUUGAAGAGGAAUUUUACACCUCUCAGAUACACAUGGACAUUUGGACGAACAUCAUGGGGAAUAUUAAAGGUUCCAGAAAGAUUGAUGUCACCCUGGAACAGAAGGUUACACGUGCCUGUUUGGAGGAGCUGCAGCAUUUUCCCGAACGGUUUCUGGCAGAAUUUAACCAGUGGAGUUGCACUCUGUCAGACUCUACCUUGUGGACUGAAUAUCACAUGACCUAUAUCAACAGUUUCAGUGCUCUCAGAGAGCAUACACAGAGCUACAGCGAGAGCAGCCAAGCUGAGGUGGACCAGCUUUGCAAGGAGGUGGAUAAACUCAUCAGUAGACUGAACCAAGCUCUGCUGGAGAACUUUAUGUCAAAUAUCAAGCCCUUCCUUAGACGGAUGAUGACAAGGAAAUGGCUCUCCAAUGAUGAGGACUUCAUGCAGCUGGUGAAGGAAAUAGUGACUCUCUCUAACCAGUGUGAACACCUCAGACCACCACAUGUACAGACAUUUGUAAAUGAUGUGCAUUUCCAUGUGGUGAAGGAGUACAUUUCUCAGCUAAUGAAGAAUAUCUACUCAUGCAAAAACAGAAAGAAUGAGAGAGCUGCCAACAAACUGAGUAAACAGUGGGACCAGCUAAAGGAACUCUUCAAAGAAAUGAAUUCUACCUCAGACUGGCUCCAUCCAGUUGGGGACUACCUGAGCAAAAUCAUUGGACAAAAGAACAAGAGUGACAUUAAGAAUAACUUGCAGCCAUUGAUUGAUGACUAUCCUGACUUCAGUAAAAGGCAUCUGUCAGCUGUGCUGUAUUUCCGAGGAAUGAUCCGAGACAGGGAGAGACAGCUCAUCCUGCGCCGGUUCUCAGAACUGAGACGGAAUGCUGGGAACACUGGGAGUCGGCAACGAGCCCUCUUCAGCGAGAUCCAGGCUACAGUGAAUACUGACUGCCUUGCAAAUGUUCCCAUCCCAUGCCUCCCCCUCACGGGCAACUAAUGCAAAACUGUACUUAGUAUCAAGUGUAAAUUGUCCAGCAUUUAAACUUUGGGAAGGGUGCACUAACUCAUGACUAUUACACUAAAUAAAUUCCCUUUUGUUGCCAAAAGUCCUUUAUUUUCACUAAUCCUCAUACAGACCAAGACAAUUGUGAGUAUGUCAACAGAGAUGCUGGCAUCUAUCCAAUCUUUAUCAAGAGCAGUGCUCUUCAAGGGGACAAAGCAGAGAGAGCGAUUGAAUUUUAGAAGGAUGCCUAUAUCAGUCUAAAAGCACAGCUAUAUGUGUAAUUUUUUUUGCUCUCUCUCUCUCGCUCAAAUACUCUUCUCCGUCCCCAACCACACACCCUCAACCCCUCUGAUUGCAUCACUUACAAACAACAAAAACAAAAAGAUUCUCUGCAGUAUGAAUAAAAGUAACAUAGCCACAACAACCAAGACGAAAGGGAUAAGGUGAGACUCUGCAAUACUUUCAGGUAAUGUACAAUUACUAUAAUUACAGAAAUGUCUACAGUGCUGUUGAGUAAAGACUUAUAUUUCAAUUAUAUUUACACAUAGAUUAAUAGAGUGAAUGCUCCUCAUUCAAGAGGCCCUAAACAUUUACAUCCAACCACACUGACGUCUUCUGGAGUGGUUUUAUUUCCUUUGUCUCUGCUCUAUCUUCCAUUAAAGACCUGUUUAGACUAAACAGAGU